AUGUCUCAGUCGCGAAUUCCUCGGCCUUCUCAAGGCAGCUCCCGUUCCUACACCCCUUCCCUUCUCCCUUCGAAUCCUACCCCAGUCAAUUCUACCGGCUACCACGGCAACCCCGUUACGCGCGUGUGCCGAGUGAUAUUUCGCAACCCCGAUCAAGGAGGUUAUCCAACUAUCACGGUCGAGAGGUUCGACGGCAUAGGCGACCUACCAGGUCAGGGACCAACUAUGGACCUGGUCGACGACUCGAGGAAGAACGAGGGGUUUCUGGGAGGCGUCGGCGGUGUGGGUGAAGGUAUGGGUGGAGCGAGGGAGGAGUUGGCAGGGCUGUGUCUCUCGGCAGCGGCGUCGAUCAAGGGUCACCACGUUUCCACUUGGGCGCAGGCGCCAGACCUAUCGGGCAGUAACGGCUUUUAA